GGGUGCACGCAGGACAGUGUGUUGAAGUGACCCAAGCUUAUUGUCUAGAACAUUCAUUUGUUUCAAGAAGCUUUAGCCAAGCAUCUGCGCUUGAAAAGAUAUAUUAGUCUAACAGCUGCAAAAAAAAUUCAAAAAGGAGGAACGCGAUACUCUUGGGCUACACUUUUUACGCACAGAAAAGAUGGAGCUGUCGGAUAUUCCGUUCAACAUCACCUCUGCUGACGAUUUCUACGACGACCCUUGCUUCAACACAAACGACAUGCACUUCUUCGAGGACCUGGACCCCAGACUCGUCCACGUGAGCUUACUCAAACCGGACGAACAUAGUCACAUCGAGGACGAGCACAUUCGGGCGCCGAGCGGCCACCAUCAGGCGGGCAGGUGUCUCCUGUGGGCAUGCAAAGCCUGCAAAAGGAAAACCACUAACGCGGAUCGGCGUAAAGCUGCGACCAUGAGAGAAAGGAGACGUCUGAGCAAGGUCAACGACGCCUUCGAAACCCUGAAGAGAUGCACGUCCACCAAUCCCAACCAGAGGCUUCCCAAGGUGGAGAUACUGCGGAACGCCAUCAGUUAUAUCGAGUCCCUGCAGGCUUUGCUCAGAAGUCAAGAAGACAACUAUUACCCGGUUCUGGAACAAUACAGCGGCGACUCAGACGCAUCCAGUCCCAGGUCCAACUGUUCGGACGGCAUGAUGGAUUUUAAUGCCCCCCCGUGCCCGUCUGGAAGGCGAAACAGUUAUGACAACUCCUACUUCAACGAGACUCAAAAUGGGGACGUGCGGAAUAACAAGAAUACAGUCGUCUCGAGCUUGGAUUGUCUGUCCAGUAUCGUGGAAAGAAUCUCAACGGAGACUCCCGCGUGUCCGGUGCUGUCAGUGCACGAGGCCUCUGACGGCAGCCCGUGCUCCCCGCAGGACGGAUCUACCCUGAGCGAGCCGGCGGCGCCCACGCCCUCUCCGACUAAGUGCCCCCAGUCGGCUCAGGACCCCAUCUACCAAGUGCUGUAGAAGAGCGGACAACAUGCGCGUUUCAGCCAACGGGAGGGAUAAACAAUCAGCUUCCAUGCGGACUACUAUUCCUGUCAUAAAGAGAAAAAAGGCAACGACCUGUUUCACAAGACGCUGGAGAAGAGAACAGAAACGCUAGCUUCUCAAUCUUUCUUUUUCUUUCUUUCUUUCUUUCUUUCUUUCUUUCUUUCUUUCUUUCUUUCUUUCUUUCUUUCUUUCUUUCUUUCUGUAGAAAAUGUCAAAUUCCAUUGUAAUUUUGGCUCUGAAGUCAGUUUCUUAAAUACUCUUAUUUAUAUAAUUUGUCAGCUUUCAGUAUGUGACCAUAUUUUUCCCUUUUUUUUUUUGAAAAUAUUUCUGUCAUCUUUAUCUUUUACUAUUUCCUAAUUAUUCGCGAGAGAAUAAUCAUUUCAGAUAUGAGAAUUAGAGGACCAUUUUUGUAUAUGUGUAUAUAAGAGUUGUUUUGUUAAAAAUUGAGAAAAAAGCAAACAUUGUGUAUUUAAUGCUGCCUGUUUGAGAGGUUUGUUGUGUCCCGCGUUAUACUUUAUAUUUAUACAUCUUCAGUGAGUGAAUGUCGAAUAAAGAUAUGACUUAUUUAUACACGCAAGGACA